AUGGCCGUCUCGAUCCAGGACCGCACCGAUGAGUUCCGCUCGAUUCUCGCCCAGGCCCAGCGACGCCAGGCCCAGUCCAAGACGGGAGCCCAGCGCCAGUCGCUGCUCACAGCCCAGGAGAAGGCCCAGGCAAGCCUCUCGCCGCAACGACAGCGCUCCGAGUUUGCACGCAAUGCCGCCGACGUCGCACGCGGUGUCGCAAGCACAAUGCAGAAGCUGGAGCGCCUGUCCCAGCUGGCCCGGCGCAAGACGCUGUUCGACGACCGGCCCGUCGAGUUCGACGAGCUCACCUUCGUCAUCAAGCAAGACAUGACGGCGCUCUCUGGGCAGGUGCAGAACCUGCAGCAGAUCAACUCGAAGCUGCACCCCAAGGCGAAGCCAGGCGUCGACCAGGAGGGAGAGCACAACAGCAACGUGGUCCUGCUGCUGAAAGACAAGCUGCAGAACGUGGGCACCAACUUCAAGGACGUCCUCGAGGUGCGAACCAAGAACAUGCAGGCAUCGCGCUCGCGCACAGAACAAUUCCUCUCGACCGCGCAGUCCUCGUCUUCCCUUGACCCUAGCCGGACAGACUCCCCACUCUACCAGACACCGUCGCGAGGACGCUCUCCAGGUGGCUUCAAGAACACAAACGCCGCACAGCAAGACCUGCUCUCCCUCGAGCCCUCAGGCUCAUCCGCUCUCACACGUGGCGGGCCACAGUCAGACGCGCAACUGCUGCUUAUGGAAGAGGCGCAGCCGCAGAACGCGUACAUCCAGGAGCGAGGCCGAGCAAUAGAAUCAAUCGAGUCUACGAUCCAAGAGCUUGGCGGCAUCUUCAGUCAGCUGGCGCAGAUGGUGUCCGAGCAGGGUGAGCAAAUUCAGCGCAUCGACGCCAACACCGAGGACGUGGUUGAUAACGUCGAGGGUGCGCAGCGCGAGCUGAUGAAGUACUGGAGCCGGGUGCAGGGCAACAGAUGGCUUGUCGCGAAGAUGUUCGGUGUUCUUAUGAUAUUUUUCCUCUUGUGGGUGCUCAUCUCUGGGUAG